AUGUCGCGAAAUAUUUUGUUCAAGAGACAUGCCGCAAACCCUACAACAACGUGUAGAUUGGCGAAUGUCAUGGCCGAGCAGAUCAGCGCCUUUCUUCGCAGCGCUCUGCUGGAGGAGAUGCACUUGCUGAUGACCCAGCUCCGUGGGGAGAUCACCGCGGAGCUGCGAGCCAUGCACCGGCAGGAGCUCACGAACCUGAGCUUGCAGCUGAAGCAAGUGAUCCAGGAAGCGCACAGCUCUGUGAGCUCUGUGCGUGCAAAGCCGCGACGGUCAGUACAGAGCUCGCUGGCGAGAGAGUUCGAGACGGACUCCACGGCCAGCAAUGAUUCAAAAGCCUUGAUGCCCUCAUCUAGCUUUGAUUCCGUCGAAAGGAGUCCGGACAAGGAGGGCGGCGCCAGAAGUGAAUGCAAGGAGAUUCUCCUUGAAACGGCAGCUGCUUGCUGUCCGAGCCAAAGUAUGCUCAAGUUGGUGGUUCAUGAUCUGAAGGCCCCGCUCAACGGACUGGCAGGAUACAGCAGGACUCUGGCAGAGACCGACCCCAAGCGGCAGAAAGAGUUUCGAAUGCUCACGAACACUGCGCAGUUCGCCUUGGACAACGUCACAAAUUUGACUGAUCUCUGGACUUAUGCCAAGCAGCAAAGCCGUGACUUGGUCGCCGAUGCCGUCAGGUUAGAGGAUCUGAAUACUCUGACGCAUGAGAGACUUGAACGAGCUGUGAAUCGGAAAGGCAAGCCGUUGGUGCAGAGCGGAGUGGAAGUGGUCAUGACCGUUCAAGAUACCCAAUAUGCGCUGCAUGGCGACUAUGGCGCAUUGUGCACGUUGCAAUAUCAUCUUGCCUCGAAUGCUGCAAAGUUUACACAGAAGGGUCAGGUGAAGGUGGUCUGGCAGUGCCGUGAUGAGGGCUUGUGCCUCGCGGUGGAAGAUACUGGCAGCGGCUGUUCCAGUGAACUCUUGGAGCAGAUCUUUGAACCCUUCGUGGUGGAGGACUUCUCGGAGUCCCGAAAGCACGAAGGGAUUGGCCUGGGGCUCGCUGUGGUCCGUGAGAUCGCACGAUUGCAUCGAGCCCAAGUCUUCGUGGAGAGCACCAAGGGAGUCGGGAGCACCUUCCGUGUGGUCUUUCCCCCCAGCGCCAUGGUCAAAGCACCGGCACCGCGCCGGACCCCACGAGACCGAGUGGGGCGCACCUUGACGGCUCCGUCGUAG